CUUAAGCCCAGAACCUCAUGUUCCUACCUGGUUCUUGCUGCAAAAAUAUCACCCAAGUGAGUCCAUUAGCCCGCCGUCUUGUAAGAACGCAAUUAUAAGUAUUGCACAUGAUCAUGUGCCAGAUCCAGAGGGAAAUUCUGCUUGCGAAUGUUUGCUGAGUGACACUGUCUUUCUAGGUCGCCCCGGCGUCGAGUGAAAGCCGGCACGACAGUAUGAGUGGUUGCAAUAGUUGUAUCUGAAUCUUGUUCAAGUUCAACUCACUUAACCUUUUUGCGAGAGAAAAUACGUACCAUUUAUCCCUGUAUCCGUACAUCGAGUUCUUCAUACGGAAUCACAAUCAUGUCUAAGAUUAAGAAGACGACGGGUCUGCUGAUCGCUGCAGCGCAUUUGGCACUGUGGAUUUCUCCCUGUGUUCUUUGUCGCGCAAGCACACGACAAGCCGGAGUUGAGGGCAACGAAGCUUUAUCGACAUCAGGGCAGGCGAGCAUCGUAGAAACCUCUGCAGUUCCCGAGGAGAGCCGCGCACCAGCCGGAGUUGAGGGCAAUGAUAAUGAAGCGUCGUCGACACCACAGCAGGCGAGCACCGUAGAAACUCAAAGUUCUGCAGUUUCCGAGGAGAGCCUCCCAUCUACAGGACCACUAGAUAGUACAACAGCGCCGGUGUCACAAUCCGCAAUAGCGUCCCGGGGCACGACAACGACCUCCACAAGAAGAAGAACCACUUUAAAAGACUUAGACGACGGAGAAGUCGUGAUGCGCCGUUGUUGCCAGCGCAAGAAAAAGACACAAUGGAGGAGCCCGCUACCCGCAAUCCCGGAGGAUCCGGCAGAAGAUGAAGAUGUAAUUGUGAGACCAAAUAAGCGGAUGCGUAUUCGGAUUCGAAAAACAUUUAAUAGAGAUGGACGGAUUGAGACAACCACAACCGUGAUUCCGGACCGGCUUUCGGAGCACGGGGUUUCGGACGAUGUGGAGAAAGCGAAAUGCAUCACGUGGCCAGAGUUGUGGCACCGACACGAGGAGGUGCGCACUGCUGAGAUGGAGGUCGACCUGUUCAAAAACGCGCCUUUGAGACCCUGGGUCGCGGUGCCGGCGAAGCAGCAGUUGGACCACUUCUACCAAGACGUCGGACCCUUCGCAGGCCCUCCGGUUUGGCCCGCGUGGUUGCCGGAAGAUGAUGUCACAUAUUACGGGCCAAACAACCUAGAUGUCCACUGGUUUUUCGGGACGCCCGUGCCUUACAUUACCUUUCGCGAAUAUAGUUCUAUCUUCGACCCUGUGAUGAAUAACGCAAGAGAGAGACAAGGGCCCUACCAAAAUCGGCCGUCAGACAGAUUGGCAGCACCGAAAUUUGGAGCCGCGACGCAGCAGCACUUGUCGAGGGCUGCGCAGGGUUUGCUACGCGAGAUUGCCUUAAGCGAAAGCCUCGUCCUGGACGAGGUGUUGCGUCGCAUGCCGAUGGAACGCGCAAAGGCCCGCGGCAUGCCGUACGAUGUUCAUCAGAUUGACGCGCAAACGGCGUGUGCCCUGUUGGUACAAGCGGCAGGAGAGCAGCGGAAACGAGUUGAUAGGGGAGCACGAACUGUCUGGCGACAGUGGUGGAUCGAUUACCUUGCCUGGUUUACCCAAGAAUACUACCUCUUCCAUGCGCGGCGGCUCCGUUUGCACAGAAUGCCCAUCACGGAAGCAGUUUUGAACACGACGCGCGGAAAGCUUGACAAGAGAGCCAAGACAGCGGACCACAUCCGCUUUGGGACAGCACUCUCAACAAAGAUGAGCCCGCUCGCGCCUCGAGCAAGGCCACUUUCUACCAACAUGAAGAAGCGUGGCCCAGGACGAGCAGAGCGUUUGGCGCAGCCACUGCUCAACAAGGUCAAAAAAAAGGAGAAAGCGGGAUUGGAACGAAAGAAGAGCCAGGCCGCGGAGGCAGCGACGCAGCGGCGCCGCUGGAGGUCGCAAGUGAGGCAGGAGGAACAGGAACUCCAACUUAUCGCCCGGGAGCAAAAAGCUCUGGCGCAGAAGGCCAUCCGCGAUUUGGCAGAUGCGUGGAGCAAGGCGCCGGACUUCAUCCCGGAUGCUUUCCCGCAGCUGGUUCGCGCUUUGGAGAGUAUGCGAGAACGCGCGAGGUCGUGUCCGAGCAUGGCAAGCAAGUACUUUCACCAGUUCCUUCACGACAUCAACCUAACUCUCAAGAUUCCCCUGGGAUGUCGCCCAGUUACGUGAAUCUGAAAACGUUCCGCGUUGCUACAACUCGUUUGCAACCGGCGCAUGUUCAAAAAGCAAUAAUGGGAAGACGCCGCGCUCGGAUUUUCCCUACAAAAGAGACCACAGCCACUUGCCGCACUUAGACAUAGAUGAAAUCGCAGUGGAUGGUGCCGCUGAAGAAGACCAGGAAUUAUGCGACUUCGCCGAAUGUUCGUCGAACUCCCAAUCCCAGGAGCAGAUGAACCACAUCUCUGAAGACCUAGCUCCUGUCUCUUCCUCUUUUUCCGGCGUCCCAGCAACAUCAUAACCCGAUCGAGAAGCCCGAUGACCUGAAAGCCUGGUUCUACGACUCAAACAAGAUGGUCUGCAGCUGGAGGUGAAGGCACACGACCUUCCGCAAGGCCACCCUCUUGUUCACUCAUCGCCCUUUCAUCUGUCACUGGGCGACGAUUCACAUUAUAGUCCAGAGACUUUAGCUGUAUCUCAGUAUUCUGUCGCGAAUGACGGCCCUUUUCGAUUUUUCACUUUUAUCGAGCCGUUUUAAUACGACAGCAGCAACCAGCGACAACAUGCAACAGUUACGCGGAUGAGAAAAUCGCGCACGAAUUGUGCCCGAUAGGUCGCAGCCAGCGCAUUGUUGUACAAUCAACGUACUUGCCUCCGAAAAAAUAGAAUUUUCUGUAAGAUUAAGAAAGUAGGAGCAACUUCAGUUUCACUUCGUUGACAUCUAUGUGUAUGAUCCAUCUUUGUAAGUCUCGAGUGGCUAUGAUUUUGCCUGAUGUGACACUAGACAUUUUGUGCUGACAAACUUGAAUCAGAAUCGUGAUCGAAAUUAUAGCGGAUCUGUAUCUGCAGUUUGAUCUUGACAUGAUUGGUAUUUCUCAUCAAGGUUUCUUUUGCUUGCAGGUUGAGUGGAAACAACUGAACAU